UCACAUGUCUGCUGAUCUACUAAGGUGAAGUUGUUUGAUAAUCUCCUGACUAAAAGACCACGUACUCGUUCCGAUUUCCAGACUCGCAUCUUAUUUUAUAUUUUUGAGGGUUCUUUCUCUUCCGUCCAUCAGCCAGGGCUCUUUUUAGAACUCUACUGCAAAGGAAGAAAGGCUCAUCUAGUUGACUAGCCUAUUUACGUGCAAACAGAAGCUAACAAGGGCUAACUCUUAGCUUUUACUCUACUCAAACGUUAUAAUGGGAGAGGAAAUAAACGACAAUACAGGCACCGGAUCUACAAACACCAACAGUAACGAGACAAACGGAGAAGCUGCUGAUGGGGGGGUGAAGUAUUAUACGUUAGAGGACAUCCGACUCCAUAAUAUGAGCAACGAUUCUUGGCUAAUCAUCCAUAACAAGAUAUACGACAUCACAAGUUUUCUAGAGGAGCAUCCAGGAGGCGAGGAGGUUUUGCUGGAGCAGGCAGGAGCAGAUGCCACAGAGAGCUUUGAAGAUGUAGGUCAUUCCACAGAUGCCAGGGAGAUGCUUGAGCAAUACUAUAUUGGAGAGCUUCACAUGGACGACAGAAUUAAGGAGAAAACAAAGGUGGUGGAGUCUAAAGAUUCCGGAGAGUCCAGCUCCUGGGCCAUGUGGGUCAUACCAACUGUUGCUGCAGCAGCGGUUGGAGUCCUGUAUCGUUUCUUCAUGUUUGAGCACAAGUCUUCUUGAAAGCUUUGUCUCAUUCUUUUCAUCUGAAUUGUUUUUUUUCUCUCUUUUGAACAAACCUGUCUAUUGCCUAACAAACACAAUUGCAACUGUCAGCAUGGACUGCUGCAAGAAGAGAAAAGAAGCUGUUUGAUGAAAUCUUUGUCCUUGAUCGGCUACACUGUGUUAUUAUUAAUUGAAAAUUUGGCUCCAAAACUAAACUUAAAAUAAUUUUUCAUCCUACUUAUCUGGUACUGAAGUAAAAUACGUUCUGGGUACUUAUACAGAUAUUAAACAGGGACAACAUGGAAAAAAUUACAGCAGGAUACCAACCAGAUAAAAAUAAAAUAUUAUUUCCUUUUUUAUGUGUUAAAAUGCCUGCCAUGUUCUCCCAUUUUAUACACUGAAAACAUGUCACCAAAACUCAUUUAAAGGGUGGAGUUCCUACCCUCCUUUCCUCAGUGUACAGUUUUGCUGUUUAAACCAUGUCUGAUUGCAUCUGUCAAUUUUCUUGCAAAUACAAUCUGUCCAGAAUUAAUGUUGUGUUAAAUUAGUUUCUUCCUUUUUUUUUUUCUAAUCAUGUUUCAAUUAUACUUUGUGGUUAUUUAAGAGAGUGUAAUUUUGCUAUCAUGGGGAUUUAAGAACAUGAAAUAUUUUUUAGUACCCAUAAUAAAUUGUAGUAAAUAUCUCACCCCUCUUUCGAAAUAAAAGAAGUGUGUAAUUUUGGUUUAUUCAGCACUACAAUGUUUAUCUGAUGUCAUUUUUUUCUAUUUAUUAUCAUAUUUCAGUUCUAAAGUGGGUGAGAGCUACAAAUUAUUUAGGCACAGAAUAAUUAACUGUUAAAUUUAGCUUGUGUUAUGCAUCAUUUGGAAGUUAGGGAACUUGAUCUUAACUUUAGAAUAAAAAAUGUGGGUCUUGCAUGCCUUCAGUUGUUUACAACAUGUGAUCUUCUGUUUUCCAGGUCAAAGGGUUAUGCAAAAAUUGUUUGUAUUUGUAUUGUGUAUUUCCCUUUUAUUUGAUGAGCAGAUAGGUCGAACAUUUUCCAGUGGGAUACGAUUUAUAUAUAAAACAAGGAAAACAAUUUUAUUAUUUCAAGUGCAUGUCUAUUUAUUUUUAAGGUAAAAAAAAUACUCAUUCCGUUGGUGAUCAUUUUGACCUUGAAAUCAACCACGUUUCUUUUAUCUGUUAGAAGUUCUGUUAGGAUUUUAGUUCUACUUUUCAGACAAGUAAAACAAAGAAACAUUUUCCAUAUAUACUUGAAGAUUACCUUUGAAAGUUUGUAGAGUUAUACGAUAUAUUUUGUCAUUUCUGAACAUUCAGGCUCAAUGGAAUGGUGGUUUAUUUUAUCAUUGAAAUUUGAGAAGUGUAUGUCGAAAUGUUGAGUGUUUAAAGUUUAAAUGGCUUUUAUUAUUGAAAAAGCUAUUCUAAAUAUUUCUGCUGGUGGUGCUUUUCAGAAAACUGCAGCACACUUAACAGUUAGGGGAGUCUGAAGUGGAGGAGCCCCCUUUUCUUGUCCGUUUCCAAAACUAGUUCUCAUUCUAAACUACCUUUUCGACUGUGGUCAAGGAGUGUAAAAGUGGCUUAAAUACAGGAUUUUAUAGCAAAUUGAAAAAAUGCUUCACAUUUUAAAAGACUAGCAAACCCAAAAACAGACUAAUGCAUACAACACGAUCAAAGGAAAUAUGCUUCAGUCCUUUAGUAAAACAAACAUUUGAUGCUAAUAGAGAUUAACUGUUUAAAAAAAAAAUCAAAGAAACCUUUUCUUUCCUCCCUCUGGAAAGCAUCCUAUCUAUAUUUCUGAUAAAUAAUAAUGGCUUAUUUUUAGUAAUCUGAAGCACUUUAAUUAUGCAGCACAAGUUUGCAGCUUUUCUUAACUUGCAGUUGUUUUUGCUACGUGCAGCAUUUUUACGUUGCGUGUGUUUGUGCUGCCUGAUUUCUGUUUACAUAUUUUCACUUUGCUGCCUGCUGUUAGUGCAGCAUUCUCCUUUGCAGCAUUUUUUUUCUUUACAUGUAUUUGUGUGUUAGUCCAAAUUUUAUGUUUGCUAGUCAAAUAGUUUAUUAGCUUGAAAGAGAUUUUGAAUUUGCUGCAAAAUGACCUUUUUACAGUGCAUUCACACACCUUAGUCAUCAGGAGGAACCAAGUACUGUCAUAAGAGAAAACUGCAAAAAGAUUACUCAUGUAGAUUUGAUUUAACAUUGCCUUGAAUGGCUCCUCCACUGAGAAACAUUUCUAAACUAGAUCUCACCCUUUUAACUGAUUGCCUAGCAUUAAUUCUAUUCAAAUGUUCAAUUUUUAUUAUUAGUUUCUUUUUACCCUUAUUUGCUUAAUAGAUUGUAUCAAGUUAAAAUGUGGACUUAUUAGCUUAGUCUCAGAGUAGAAAUAAUCAUUUUUCAGAGCAGGUUUUGUUACUGAACAUACAAUUAGGCUUUGGAUCUUUCUCCUUCAUUAAUGAAGUCAGUGCCUGAUAUAUAAUAGGAUAUGAAUGUCUUGACAAAUGAUAAAGCUGCAUUAAAGCUGUACAAAAUAAGAACAAAAAUC